GUACCGAAACUGGAAACACUUCUUGAACCAGUUCAAAAUUUUUGUUAAGGUACUUUUCCUCGUUUUCGGAGUGUCCACAAGUUUCAACGGAUUUUGACUACUGCAGUAGUGCCUUUGUUUUGUAUUUCAGACGUGCUACCUAAGGAGGAAAGCCUGCGGCUAGAAGGUGUCGGCAAAUUUGAAUAGCGCUCGAGGUUUGUCCUGUGUUUUCGCCUUUUGGUUCCCUGCAACAGUCUGCACUCUGCAGCUCGGAGUUUUCGGACAAGCAUUUAGUUUAUAUUUCCGGAUUUCACGUAACAGGAGGGACUGAAAAUGUCAUCCAUCGGUACAGGAUAUGAUCUAUCGGCAUCCCAGUUUUCUCCUGAUGGUCGGGUGUUUCAAGUCGAGUAUGCCUCUAAAGCUGUCGAAAACAGUGGAACGGUCAUCGGGAUGCGAGGAAAGGAUGGCAUCGUCUUCGCAGCAGAAAAGUUGGUAAUCACUAAGCUGCACGAAUCUUCCGCAAACCGUAGGAUUUGGCGAAUCGAUACGAACAUCGGAAUGGCUGCUGCGGGACUUAUUGCCGACGCUCGUAAACUUGCGGAAAUCGCCCGAAAAGAAGCAUCGGACUACCGUAACCAGUAUGGAGUGACCAUACCAGUAAAAGAGCUGACCAAGCGAGUAUCAAUGUACAUCCACGCUUAUACCCUGUACAGUGCUGUGCGUCCUUUCGGGGUGAACUGCUUGAUUGGCGGCUACGAUAAGGUCCACGGAGCCGAGCUGUACAUGAUCGAGCCAUCAGGUGUGUCGUGGGGCUACUAUGGUUGUACGGCGGGCAAAGCGCAGCAGGGCGCCAAGACUGAAAUUGAGAAGCUGAAACUGGUGGAUAUGACGUGCGAUGAAAUCGUCAAGAAAGCGGCCAAAAUCAUCUACGGUGUCCACGAUUCGGUCAAGGAUAAAGAUUUUAUUCUGGAAAUGGGCUGGUGUUGCGAACAGAGUGGAGGCAUUUUCGAAGAAAUCCCAAAGAAUAUAACAUUAGAAGCUGAAGAUUUGGCCAAGAAGGCUCUGGAGGAGGAUGAAGACACUGAAAUGGCCUGAGCUACUAGUUUUUUAAAGUUAGUUUCCAGCAGUGUAAUUUCUGAUACCUUAUCCAUCUUACUUAUGUUGUUUAUCAUUACGAUGUAAUAAUUAGCGAUGCUUAUCUUAAUAAACAUUCAACGUCCGUUG